AUGAGGGAGUUUUUUGCUUAUAGAAUUCAAGAUAGACAUAACAAGUUUUCUCUAAUUCUUAAUGCAAGAAGUCUUAAAAAUGUUCAAGAGGUUGGUCAGAGUGAUUUGAGUCAUACCGGACAACCUGUUAUAUUACCGUCAUCGUUUACUGGUGGUUCUCGAUACAUGAUGCAAAACUAUUUGGAUGCUAUGGCGUUAUGUCGGAAUUAUGGGUAUCCUGAUUUCUUUAUCACUAUCACAUGUAAUCCGAAAUGGCCUGAAAUUGUUAGAUUUAUCGGUGACUCAUCAAUUAAGCCAGAAGACAGACCUGACAUACUUUGUCGAUUGUUUAAGAUGAAACUCGAUGAAUUGAUAACUGAUUUGAAGCAAAAAAAAAUUUUUGGUGAUAUUAAUGCAGUUGUUUACACAGUUGAGUUUCAAAAGCGUGGAUUGCCACAUGCACACAUUUGCUUAUUUAUGAAAGCUGAUCAUAAGCUUCCUACGGUUGAACACAUUGAUCCAUUUAUCUCAGCUGAAAUUCCGGAUAAAAACGAGGAUCCUGAGUUGUAUUCUCUUGUGAGUGACUUUAUGAUUCAUGGUCCUUGUGGACAUGCCAACAAGAAAUGUCCAUGCAUGGUUGGGAACCGUUGUUCUAAGAAUUUUCCAAAGAAGUUUUUGGAAUCCACUUCCAUUGAUUCUGAUGGAUUUCCCGUUUAUAGGAGAAGAGAUUCUGGUCACACGGUUGUGAAGAAGGGUGUUACUUUGGACAAUAGGAGCGUAGUUCCAUACAACAAAAAGCUUCUAAAAAGGUAUCAGGCGCACAUCAACGUCGAGUGGUGCAAUCAGGCGGGUUCAAUUAAGUAUUUGUUUAAAUAUAUUAAUAAAGGACCUGAUCGAGCCACGGUAGCUGUUUUUGAUUCAGACAGAGGUCCAGAUGAGGAGAUCCCAAAAGAUGAAAUUAAAGAAUAUUACGAAGCUAGAUAUGUUUCCGCAUGUGAAGCAAGCUGGAGAAUAUUUGCCAACGAGGUUCAUUAUAGGUAUCCUUCUGUCAUGAGAUUACCUUUUCAUCUACCAGGACAACAAAAUGUUGUAUUUAGUUGUGACGACGAUAUUGAGGAUGUCUUACACAAACCUCAAGUAAAUUCUUCGAUUUUCUUAGAAUGGAUGAAGAUGAACAAUUCUAAGCCUGAAGCAAGACAACUUACAUAUGUUCAGUUUCCUUCAAAAUAUGUGUGGAAGUUAAAAGAUCGUUGCUGGCAGCCACGUCAAAAUUAUGUUGUUAUUGGGAGAAUAUAUUCUGCGUCUCCUUCUCUUGGUGAGGCUUAUUAUCUAAGAAUUCUUCUUACCAAGGUUAAAGGACCAAGAUCAUUUGAAGAAAUCAGAACAUAUGAAGGUGUUGUUUAUCCUACUUUUAGGGAUGCGUGUUAUGCACGUGGCCUGUUAGAUGAUGACAAUGAAUAUAUCGAGUGUAUUAAAGAAUCCAGUUUCACUGGUAACGCUCAUUAUCUUCGUUCUUUGUUUGGAACACUACUUUUGUCUAAUACUCUUUCAAGACCCGAAGUUGUUUGGGAGAAAACGUGGGAGCUAAUGUCCGAGGACAUUUUAUACAAUAUGCGUAAAGAUAGUGGCAUGAGCGGAUUCGUUGUAUCAGAUGAACGUUUAAAGAAUAUAACAUUGACCAAGAUCGAAAAAUUUCUUCUUCGUAAUGGAUCCAGCUUGCACAGGUUCUCAACGAUGCCUUAUCCUGAUGAUGACUAUCUAAUGACCGAGAGCAACCGUUUGAUAAACGAGGAGCUUUCGUUUGACAUUGAUGAACUUAGGGGUGAGUUCAAUAAUCUGCACAGCUCUCUAAACGAAGAUCAAAGAGCAGUGUAUAAUGAAAUUAUGCAUGCUGUUAGAAGUGGAAAGGGGGGUGUGUUUUUUGUUUACGGUUAUGGUGGUACGGGCAAGACUUUUUUGUGGAAAACUUUAGGUGCAUCCAUUAGAUCCACUGGACAGAUUGUUAUUAAUGUUGCUUCAAGUGGUAUUGCAUCUUUGUUGCUAUCACGAGGUCGUACUGCCCAUUCACGAUUUCAUAUUCCUAUUAAUCUCAACGAAGAUUCGGUCUGCCAUAUCAAGCCUAAUACUGAAGUCGCUAAUCUUCUAAACCAAGCCAAGUUGAUUAUUUGGGAUGAGGCACCGAUGGUACACAAACAUGCUUUUGAGGCUCUUGAUCGUACAAUGAAGGAUGUUUUGAGUGUAUUUGAUUCACGAAAUUCAGAACUUCCAUUUGGUGGAAAAGCUAUUGUCUUUGGUGGUGACUUUAGACAAAUCCUACCGGUUGUACAAAAUGGAAGCAGGCAAGAUAUUGUAAACGCAUCUUUAUGUUCAUCCCAUAUCUGGUCCCAUUGCAAGGUGUUAAAGUUGACAACAAACAUGCGUUUAUCGGUAGGAUCCAGUACCUCAAACAUCGAGGAAAUAAAUCAAUUUGGUAAAUGGCUUUUAGAGAUUGGCGAAGGCAAUGUUGGUCAUUCUAACGAUGGUGAUUCACAUAUUGAAUUACCUGAUCAUCUUUUGAUAACUGAUGAGAAUGAUCCGAUUCAGGCUUUGAUUGACUUUGUAUAUCCUUCAGUUUUGGAUCAUUUUAAAGACCGUCACUACUUUUCUGAAAAAGCUAUACUCGCUCCUAAGAAUGAAGUUGUUCAUGAUAUAAAUGAUCGUUUGCUUGAAUUGUUUCCGGGUGAAGAGGUAGAGUAUCUUAGCUCUGAUAGUUUAUGUCCUACUGAGGAUAUUAAUGAUCCGUUACAUCAAGAUUUAUAUAAUCCGGAUGUGUUAAAUAGUGUGAAAGUUUCUGGAUUACCAAAUCAUAGAUUGGUAUUGAAAUUGGGUGUUCCGGUAAUGCUUUUGAGGAAUAUUGACCAGCAAAACGGUUUGUGCAAUGGUACGUGUCUUCAAAUCACACGUCUUGGUAAACGUGUUAUCGAGGCUGAGAUAUUAUCUGGAAGUAAUGUCGGUUCAAGAACUUACAUCCCAAGAAUUAGCAUGAUACCAUCUGACAAAAAAAUACCCUUCAAGUUUCAACGAAGGCAGUUUCCAAUAACCGUAUGUUUUGCGAUGACUAUUAACAAAAGUCAAGGACAAUCUCUAUCCAGAGUUGGUCUAUACCUUAGAGAUCCCGUGUUCUCACAUGGUCAGCUUUAUGUUGCUUUGUCGAGAGUAAAGACUAAGGAUGGCGUUAAGGUUCUAAUAUUCGACAAAGAUGGGAGACCAACAAACAAAACUGCAAACGUUGUUUACAAAGAAAUUUUUGGGAAAUUGUAG